GUUUUGAUAACGGAGGAGUGCGCCGAGGAGCUGUUGGCUUUUACAGCAGCCACGCCAUCGCUACGCGGGUUCGCUCGCGCCAGUCGCUACGGAUUGGCAUGUGUAGCGCGGAGGCGGACAUAAGCGCGUGUGCGCUCUGUGCGGACUCGAAAGCGGCGCCCAACAUCUGCGACGCCCUCGCGCACCAGGACGGAAAGGCAGAAUAACACCUGUUGUCGCCGCAUCAGGCGCACCGAGGUGCCGCUGGACACCCGCUUGCGGCGGCCAUGUCCGUCGAGCAAGGAGUCCGCGGCGGGUCGAUCAACAGCGACCUCCGGUGGGACUACGAGAGCGGAGACGCCGAUGAACCGCUCAUUCGAGGCAGCGAAAGCGGCGACGCUAUGCGUCUUUCGCCGUGGGCGCACAUCAGGAAGCACGCCUGGAUCGUGCCGGUUAUUUACACGCACCUCUGGGCGGCCGCCGUCAUCUCGCUCGUGGCGCCUUUCUUUCCGCCACUCGCCGAUUCCAGAGGCAUACCAGCAUGGAAAUAUGGCUUUUUCUUCUCAACAAUGAAACUCAUGAUGCUUCCAGGAGCUGUGAUAGCCGAAAAGUUGAUCUCGGGUGUCUCCGCCAGGGCUGGCUACCUAGGUGGACAAGUAGCCACUGCACUAUUCUCUGUCACAUGCGGUUUUCUCUACUGGAUAAAGAGCGGAAACGUACUUCUGGGCACAUCGUUGCUCAUGGCAGCGUUCGGCGGCUGCUGCAACACAGUCUACAGCGUUUGCCUGUACACUUUACUUACGUCAAGAUUUAAAGACGACGGCGGUAUGCUAAUCGGCCUGAUGGAGUGCCUGUGGGGAGCAGGCACGUUGAUGGGAUCAUCCAUAGGCGGGUCUCUCAUUGACCUUUGGGCAUUUCCUCUCCCUUUCUUCGUCAUUGGCGGCGUCCUACUUCUGUCAUUACCCUUCAUGGCACUAAUAAAUCCUAGGAGUUCCAAGCAUGAGUGCCCAACGAACGACAUCGUGCCUCAACAAGAAUGUGUGGAGAAGAAGUACUGGACCCUCAUUUAUGAUCUCAUAUUUAUAGUCAAUCUUGGCACUGUUACAAUAAGUUGGGCUAUGACCAGCUUUAACGAACCAACAUUGGAACCGUUCUUGCGUCAGUUUAACAUGUCAAGCACACAAGUGGGAACGGUAUUCACAGUCCAAUUUGUUGGAUAUUCUAUCGGCGCCUUACUUGGAGGCCUUUUUGCGAAGUUCAAGAUGGAACCAUUCCUGAACUUUUUUGGAAUGCUGCUGUCAACGAUAGGGUACAUCAUACUUGGCCCGAUACCUAUCAUACCAAUUCUGCCGAAUGUUUUCUUCGUAUACGUCUCGCAGAUAUUCAUCGGCCUCGGCAUGGCAGUCACAUAUGUCAGCCCCUACAUGCAUGCUCUCAGACACACUGUUGAGAACGCUGGUUACCCCGACACUGAGAAAACUCACGGUGUAGUGACAAGUGCGACUUACCAAUUCAUGGUUUUUGGUGCCGUGAUAACAUCUCCCGUAGCGGGAUUUGUGACCCAGAAGCUUGGCUUUCCAUUUUCCUCCAUGAUUUUCGCCGGUUUCCUGGCUUUUUGGACCAUCGUGACGGGUGUUGUGUGGUUGCACCUAGAUUACUCACUUUGCGGCAAGAAGCGACCACCGGAGUGUCAAAAGCCUUCUACGACAGACGAGGAGGACAAUGUGCAGGCAGAGCUCUGCUCUUCGUGACGUUGCAGAAAAGUGCAUCUGACAUUCACGCUUGCUCUACAAGCAGCAGUGCUCGUGUUGUGUACAUAAGAAAAACUGGACCCAUGGAACGUCAUGAGUGGUUUCAGAAGGCAGCGACGGCGUUGUGCGUAACAUGUGCUGAAGGGAACGUGAAUAAGCGUUUCUAGUACUAGCAAUUGAGUGAAAUGUUUUAACGCGACGCUGUUUAAAAGCUAAUUGAGCAUAUACUCUGGUAUUGUCGUGGGCGUCACUGGUUGCGAGCGAAAAAUUGCGGAGAUGGCAAAUAAGAUUCAUCGGUUCGAGCCGGAACUGAUUCAAGCAUUUUGCGUGGCAAGCAGGUAUUCGAACACA